UCAUUCUGUCAUAUGUACAGAAAAAAAAGAAAAACUUUUGAGUGCAUGCUAAUGUGAUGUGGGCGGAAUGUUCACUUCUCACUUCCGAUCCGCCCGUCAAUGUUGUCAGACUCAUACGAGAGUCAGAAAUGAAAGCUGAUCUCCUCCGAAUUAGACAAAAUAUCUGUUUACAAUAAAGGAAGUGCCCGAAACAAGAGGAAUCAAAAAGCAACUGUGAUGUAUCUGGAGAUUUUCUCUAUGUCAUACUGAAAACAGGUUACCUUUCAAACAGUCUUUACACAAGAACCAGUAAGGCCACAUACUGUUUCAUGUGAGCUCUGAAGUCAUUUGGUUGUUUAUCUCUUUCAUCUCACACAAACAUAUGAGCUGUCUUAUAUUUUACAGUAGUAUUUUACAGUAGUAGGUAAAUAUUGUACAUUUAAAGGAUAAAUUCAGGUUUGAUUAAUCUUGUUUCAGAGCCAGUAUGACUGAUGAGCAUGACGUGAUAGAUCGCUCCUCUCUUAAAACCCACUGUUUACUUCAACCAGACUCUCUAAACCCCAGUCAUGAGCUCAAGACGAGCAACCAGUCUUUAGAUCACCUGGUGGAAUUUAAAGGAUCCAGUUUAGAACAGCAGGGGAGAUCUGCUUCUCCAAACCCCAGCCAUGACUCCGUGAAGAGCAGUCAGUCAAUAAACCAUCCACGGGAUUUUAAAGCAUCCAGUUUACUUCAGCCAGGAGGAUCCGACCCCGGUCAUGAGCUCAAGACGAGCAACCAGUCUUUGGAUCACCUGGUGGAAUUUCAAGGGUCCGGCUCAGUACAGCAGGGGAGAUCUGCUUCUCCGAGCCCCAGCCAUGACUCCACGAAGAGCAGACAGUCAAUAAACCAUCCACCGGAUUUUAAAGGACCCAGCUUACUUCUGCCAGUUGGAUCAGAUUCUCCAAGACAAGAGCGCAAGAGUUCUAUGGAGCAUCUGGAGGAAUUAAGCACUAUCACAUCUAUUAAAUCAAGGAACCAAUUGCAGUGUUUGCAUGAAGGAACAUCAAACAGCCUCGUACCUCUCGAUGACACCUAUACUGAGCUUCACAUCACAGAAGGUGGAUGUGGAGAGGUCAACGCUGAACAUGAGGUGAGACAGAUUGAAGCAGCGUUCAGGAGAGCAGCGAGAGAGGAGGACAGACCGAUCAAAUGCAACGAUAUCUUCAAACCUUCCUCCGAACAAGACAAACCCAUCAGAACUGUGCUGACAAGAGGAGUCGCCGGCAUUGGAAAAACAGUCUCUGUGCAGAAGUUCAUUCUGGAUUGGGCUGCAGGGAAAGAGAAUCAAGAUGUUCACCUCAUAUUUCCACUGCCUUUCAGAGAGCUCAAUCUGAUGAAGGACCAAAAAGUUAGUCUCAAAGACGUUCUUCAUAUUUUCCUCCCAGAAUCAAAAGAAUUGGACAUAAGCGGUGAUAAAUAUAAAGUGUUGUUCAUCUUUGAUGGUUUGGAUGAGUGUCGUCUGUCUCUGGAUUUUCACAGCAGCGUGAGGUUGCGUGAUGUCAAUGAAUCGGCCUCAGUGGGCGUGAUGCUGACAAACCUCAUCGCGGGGAAUCUGCUUCCCUCCGCUCUCAUCUGGAUCACCUCCAGACCGGCAGCAGCUGAUCUCAUCCCCUCUGAGUGUGUCCAUCGAGUCACAGAGGUACGAGGCUUCACUGACCCACAGAAGGAGGUAUACUUCAGAAAGAGAAUCAAGGAUGGGAGUCUGGCAAACAAAAUCAUCUCGCAUCUAAAGUCAUCGAGGAGUCUGUACAUCAUGUGUCACAUCCCAGUGUUCUGCUGGAUUUCUGCCACUGUUCUCGAGAGAAUGUUGAGCGAAGCUGAGAGUGAUGAAGAGAUCCCCACGACUCUAACUCAAAUGUACACACACUUUCUGCUCAUAAGCAUAUAUAAACAUGAGAAGGAUUAUGAAAGAAAGAUGAAUAAUGAAGACAUGAUAUUUAAACUGGGGAAACUUGCUUUUCAGCAGCUCGAGAAAGGGAAUUUAAUCUUCUACGAGGAAGAUCUCAGACAAUGUGAUAUUGACGUGCAAGAAGCGUCUGUGUUUUCAGGAUUGUGCACUCAGAUCUUCAGAGAACAAUCAGGACUGUUUCAAGGAAAGGCUUACUGCUUCGUCCAUCUAAGUGUUCAAGAACAUCUUGCGGCUCUAUAUGUGUUCCUCACCUUCAUAAAUGAAAAUGUACACGUAUUAGACAAUCCGAGUGGUUUGUCCAGCAUUCUGGCUUGCGCGUUCGCUUCACAUUAUUCACUUUCUGCCCUGUAUCAAAGAGCAGUGAGUAAAGCUCUGCAGAGUCCCAAUGGACAUUGGGACAUUUUUCUUCGCUUCUUUGUGGGUUUCUCACUGGAGUCCAACCAGUCCCUCUUACAAAAUCUGUUCACAGAGCCAGAAAGACUCUCAUACAGCAAAGAGAUAGCCCAGCUCAUCAAGACGAAGAUUAAAGAAAACCUGUCCCCUGAGAAGUCCAUCAAUCUCUUCCACUGUCUGAAUGAACUGAAUGAUCAUUAUCUAGUGGAGGAAGUUCAGAAUUAUCUUAAAUGUGGCUCGGUAGUCAAUAAAACGCUCUCACGCUCGCAGUGGUCGGCAUUGGUUUUUGUCUUGCUGACCUCAGGACAAUCUCUUGAUGUGUUUGAUUUAGACAACUAUGUUGAGAAACACAUCACAGCAAAUGCAGUCAUUCAAUGGCUACGGCCCGUGAUUGAAGCAUCGAAAACAGCAAGACUUUGUGAACACAGCCUGACACAGAAAGACUGUGCUACUUUGGUUUCUGCCCUCACCUCAAAGACUUCGUGUCUGAGAGAACUGAUCUUAACAGACAGCAAUAUAAAGGAUGCAGGAGUGAAGCAUCUCUGUACAGGACUGGCGAAUACUCACUGUCCGCUGGAGGCAUUGAGACUGAAGAGCUGUGGCAUCACUCAUGAAGGUUGUGCUGCCUUGGCUUUUGCUUUAAGAUCAAACCCCUCGCACUUGAGAGAACUGGAUCUGUCAGGAAAUGCAAUAAGAAACUCUGGGGUGAAGCUGCUCUCAGAUGAACUGGGGAAUCCACUUUGUAAACUUGAAAAAAUAUUGUUGAGAAAUUGUGGUAUCACACAUGAAGCUGAUGCUGCGCUGGUUUCACUUCUAAGUUCAAACCCCUCACACCUUAGAGAACUAAAUUUGUCUAAGAAUAAAUUAGGAGAUAUAGGAAUCAAACUGCUUUCUGGGGCACUGGGGUCUUCUAACUGUGAACUGGAGAUAUUACUGCUGGAGAAUUGCUGUAUCGCUCAUGAAGGUUGCGCUGUGCUGGCUUCAGCGCUGAUAUCAAACCCCGUACACCUGAGAGAACUGGAUCUGUCUGCAAAUAAUCUUACAAACAACGGAGUAAAGAGACUCCUUGUCAAUCUGGAGAGCUCUGGUUGUAAUCUCGAAAUUCUAAGGUUGGAUAAUUGUGGUGUCACAGAUGAGGGCUGUGCGACUUUGGCUUCGGCAUUAAAAUCAAGCUGCUUAAACCUAAAGAAGCUAACUUUAAACUGGAACAAAAUUGGUGACUCAGGAGUGCAGCCGCUUUUUGCAGCUUUGGGAGAUCCUAACUGUAAAUUACAAGUUCUGCGACUGAGAGAUUGUAAAAUUACAGAUGAAGGUUACGAUGCUCUGGCUUCAACUCUAAAAACAAACCCCUCGCACCUGAAAGAACUGGAUCUGUCUCAGAAUAAACUGACUAACCCAGGAAUAAAACUGCUCUCUUCUGCACUGGCUUAUCCUAACUGUAAACUGGAGAUCCUCCGUCUGGAAACUUGUGGCAUCACAGAUAACGGUUGUGCUGUUCUGGCAUCAGCUCUGAGAUCAAACCCCUCACACCUGAGAGAGCUGGAUCUGUACAUGAACAAUCUUGGAUGUUUAGGAGGCCAGCUGAUCUCUGAAAUGAAAGAUGAUCCCAAAUUUAAACUAGAAAUACUAAAAUAUUAGCCAAAUGGUUACUCCUUGAUACUAAGAAAGAAAGAAAGAAAGAAAGAAAGAAAGAAAGAAAGAAAGAAAGAAAGAAAGAAAGAAAGAAAGAAAGAAAGAAAGAAAGAAAGAAAGAAAGAAAGAAAGAAAGAAAGAAAGAAAGAAAGAAAGAAAGAAAGAAAGAAAGAAAGAAAGAAAGAGAGGAAUUUUGAACGCUCACUCGAUGUCUUUUUGUAGACCAGUUGCUAAUUGUUUACUAAUGGGGAAUUUGUGCUGAUGUAAAUAUUCAAUAUUAUACAAUAGCAAUGCACAUUGAAAUUAAGUAUAGGUUGUAUUAUACUGUAGAGAUAUCAAUGUAGUUUUCCAGAUUCUUACACACUGUGUUGCAUAAUAAUCAACAAACGAAACUAAACUUACUUGGGAAACUAUACCUGAAUUAAAUUUAUUCAUUGGAUGAUCAGAGUGAUCACUCAUCAGAAAACUGUAAAGUAACUUGUAUGAAAAAUACAAUUUCCACGAAACAAUUUCAGUUACUACUGUAAAAUCAUGAUAAAUGUAUUCAAAUAAGUGAUUACUUUCAACUACUAACAGCGCCCCCUGCUGUCUGCUGCUUUCUUCCGUUUUCCAUCAAUAAAAACGAAAGAAGACAGGCAAACUUUGUAACAUUUAAAUCCAUGUAUUUUUUUUCUUAUAGUUUUUGUAUUUGUCUUAUUUUUAUUGUAUUUUUUUUGUAUGAGAUUGAUAUAUACAACUGCAUUGCAUAUGUUCUGUUCUAUGAUCAGUAUAUUGCGACAGAAAAUUCUGUACACGAAAUUUAAAGUUAUUUUUUCGUUAAUAAUAUUUAUCGUCACAGACUGUUUUUACUUUAAAUGUCUUUUGUCACAGUCCGCUCUGUUUUAUUUAUUAUUCAAUUGUCCUGUUUAAACUUUUCUAAUAAAUUCUGAG